CAAGACUAUGCUUUUACCGACGGUUAUUGAUGCUUAGUUGCUUAGUACUACUCUUAUGUUAAGCAGGAGUUGAUCAACUUUGAUCAACUUUUUGACAGUUCAGUUCGACAAAACACCGGAUAAUUCUUUUGAACGUAGCCUAAUGCUGAGCCACAAUUUUGUUCAUAACAUUUAUUAACAAUGUAUUCCAUUCUGUAAGAUUAGUGAAUUUAUAAUAAAGGUUAGGUGUUACUGGUCUCGCAAAAUUGUGCCUGGCGGCGACCGAGACUUGGAAUGAUGUUAAAACAAUCUACCAAAAUACCAAAACUUCUUCAUAAUAUUAGCCGCUACAAUAACGAUUACUUGUACAUUUUUCAAGUAGGAUACACGAAAAGGUGUGCCAGUACUUUGAUAACAUGCAACCAUAAUACAAAAUACAGGUUACGCAUUGUUACAAACUCUCAGAAGGUUUUUGGUACCAAAAUAAUAGGACAUCCGGAGAAAUGGAGCUGGAUAUUUAUUGCAAUGUCAAGGUCAAUUUCUGUUCUUGCAAAAACACAGAAAGACGACUCUGGAAACCUGGUUAAAAAGCCAAAGGGUCCAUUACAACAGACGAUAAUAGAAUUAAAAGCAGAAAAUUUAGGUCAAUUAAAAGAGAGAAAAUUAGAUGUCGAUCCAGUUUCUACUGCUGAUGAUCAGAAGAAAAAAUUUAAACAACAAGAACUUACUGCAGAAGCUAAAAAGAAGAUGAAAGUUGAUAGAAGUACAUCAUCCCUAGAGCGUAACUUUAUUACACCGGUUAGGGCUAUGUCUGAUUUUUUAUUAAAGCCCUCCGAUCUUGAAAAUUUACCAAAGACAAAAAGAAGAUCACCAUAUGAAUUUGAACCACCAAUAACUGUUUAUUGGAGAAAAGAUGUUGAAGCCAAAGCAUUGGAGGUUUGGGGAUCGCGAGAUGCUUUAGCAAAGGAGCUACUUAAAAAAGAACUUGAACAAAAGACGUAUCAACAAAAUAUAUUUACUGUUAAACGGAGACUGAGAGAUUAUAGGCGAGAAAUGGGCAGCAAAACGACGGAAUUCAUUCAAGAACAAGAAGGUCUUUUUGGAAGGUCUGGUAAAGUGGUUCUGACUGCAAUUGUAAUCAAUGCUAGUAAUUUCUUGUGUAAACUAUGCGCUUGUAUAUUUACCGGCUCCCAUAGCAUGUUUGCAGAGUGCGUGCACUCUGCUGCAGACACUUGUAAUCAAUUAAUAUUGGCAUAUGGAAUUUAUAAAUCUGUACAGAAUCCUAACCCUGAUCAUCCAUAUGGAUACACAAAUAUGAAGUACGUUUCUUCUUUGAUAUCUGGUGUUGGUAUCUUCUGUGUUGGUGCUGGUUUAUCAAUUUAUCAUGGAAUUCAUGGCCUUUUGAACCCAUCUCCGGUAGAAUCGUUUUAUUGGGCAUAUUAUGUCUUAGUUGGUUCAUUGGUAUCCGAGGGAGCGACGCUAUUAGUGGCAAUUCAAUCAAUAAAAAAAGGAGCUGAAGAGAAGCAACGAACAUUUAAAGAAUAUGUAUUAGCAGGACAAGAUCCUUCUGUAAAUGUUGUGCUUUUGGAAGACUUUGCAUCGGUGGUCGGUAUUACUACUGCGACUAUCUGCAUGAGUUUAACUUCAUACACAGGAAAUCCAAUGUACGAUGCUAUCGGAUCCAUAUUGGGUGGAUUUCUUCUUGGUGGAGUAGCAACAUUUAUAAUUAAUACAAACACUGCAGCUUUAAUUGGAAGAAGUAUAUCUCAAGAUGAUCUUGAUAAGAUCAACACAGAAUUAGAAUCAGAUAUAAUGGUUCGAGCAAUUUAUGAUGUUAAAGGUAUCGAUAUGGGGAAUAACUUAGUUCGAUACAAGGCCGAAAUAGAUUUUGAUGGAAGAGAACUGGCGAGAUCUUAUCUGGACAAAAAUGAUCUCGCUUUAAUGUUGAAGGAAGUAAAAGGUAUGGAAAAUAUCGACCAGUUGGAGACAUUUCUUUUAAAGCAUGGUGAAGGUAUCGUGGAUAUGGUUGGUGGAGAGAUAGACAGAAUGGAAUUGAAAUUGAAGAAGAAACAUCCAGAGAUUCGACAUUGUGACCUGGAGAUCUUGUAAAACACUUUUGUAAUGAAACACACAAACAUACAUGUUUUGUUGUAAAUAAUGUGUAAUAAUAAUCGUGAUACAAUGUGGGUCGCAUUAUCGAUAUUAUUUAUAUAGAAAUAGUACGCAGUUCCACGUUAAUGGACAAAAGAAAAAGAA